AUGGGGGGCACGCGGGGAGAGAGCUCGUAUGCGCCCGGCCUCUCGCCCGCCCGCUUGGGCCGCGCCUGGCGAGAGGCCGCCCAGCAGCUCGGCGUGGCGACCCUGGUGCUCGAGGGCGCCGACGCCGAGGGCGCCGCUGCGGCGUACGAGGCCGGGCGGGCCUACUUCGCGCUGGAGCCGCGCCUCAAGGGCUGCCCUGGCUGCUCCAGGCGCAACAUCACCGAGGGCUUCCAGCGCGGGUACAUCCCCUUCGCGGCCGAGUCCGGCCUCGCCGCCGUGCGGGAGGUCAAGGAGGGCUUCUGCUACGGGCUCGAGUGGCCGGCGGGGCGGCAGCAGCGCCACCCGUUCCAGGCCGCGAACGUGUGGCCGCCAGUCGAGGCCCUGGAGCGGCUCGGGGCCUCGUGGAGGGAGGCCAUGGACGGCUUCCUCGACCUCUCCGUGCGCGCGGCCAGGCGUGCUCCACCGCCGAGGGCGUGCUGCUUCAGACUCGAGCAGGUCUUCCGCCUACGUGGCCCGUCGCUGGGCGGAGGGGACUGGAGCUACACCCACACCGCGGUGGGCCCAGACUACCAGGAAAGCCCCGCGAGGAGGCUCGCGCUCGGCGACGCGCCGACGCUGGACGACCUCUCGGACGUGCCGUUCGGGUCGUACCUGACGCCGCGCGAGAGGGUUCGCGCGUUCGUGGCGCUCAACGCCGGCGUGCUGUCGCCGGCGACCUACAACAUCACGCAGAGGUUGCAGGAUUGGGGGCUCGUGUACGACCAGGCGCAGCAGUUCUUCGUCCCGGAAGCGGAGCUCAACGAGACGGGCGACAAUCUGUCGCUGCUCCGCGCCGAGACGGAGGUCGAGGCGCUCACCGACGAGGCUUCCCAGAUUCGGGCCACCGCCGCCGAGGUCGACGACGCCGCGUUCGCGGAGCACUUCCGCGGCGCGCGCGGCCCGGAGUGCGACGGGAGCGGCGACGGCACGGCCCCCUGCCUCGGCGACCACGGCGCGGCCAUGUCUGUUUACGAGGACGCCAAGAACAAGGUCCUCGUUUUCCAUGGCAGCUGGGACCCGUCCGAGUAUAACUACAUGAUGUGGGCGCACAAGGUGUGGGUCUUAGAGCGCUUCGAGCGCGCCCUGAACAUCAUGUGGUCGAUCCAGGCGGAGCAGGAGGCCACCGCCGAGAUGGCCGAGCGCUCCUACGGCGCGUACGUCGAAGGCCAGUACGAGGGUGCAGAAGACGAGAAAGUGAUCCGCUGCGCCUUCCAUGACUUCGAGUACAAGCCAGCGCCCGACGCGGACGCGGUUGCUCUGGCGACCCAGCUGCUCGGGUCGGACAUCAUAGCUUCAGGUUUCUGGGAAAUGGUGAAGGAAAUCGUGCGCCAGGUCAUCCCCGAGGGUGGCGAGCUCUUCAAGACGGUGUACCUCACCGGCUCUGGCAGGGGCGGCACUUUCGCGGCGCUCGUGAGCAUGUGGCUGAAGAGGUUGGACGCUACAGCAUUGAGCACCUACGUCUUCGCACCGGACGGGGGAUGGCAGUGCCUCGCCCGAAGGCUCUACGCCAGGGACAUCACGGCGCACGACGACCACUCCCACAUCCUGGUGUAUUCUCACAUCAUGGACGCGUACGCCGGAGCGCUGGACAAGGUGGCAGGCCAGGUUUGCCUCUACGGCUUCAGGAACUUCACCGGCGCCGUGCAGCGAUUCUGCUCGAAGAUCGUGGGGCACACCGGGCCCCAGCUCCUGUUCCGCGGCGAGUCCGGCCCGCCCGAGCCGGACCCCGCGGUCAAGAAGGCCAGGCGGUAUUUCGACGCCUGCCACUACUUCACGCACUCGGUCUGGUACGCGGCGAUCCUCCUGCUGGACGACGACGUGCUGGAUCUGAGUGGCGCCACGGACGGCGGCUGCCAGACGGUGGCCUCCGUGCCCCGGGACGACGCGAUGGAGGAGUGCCCGCUGUCGUCGCCAGCGGAGGUGGACUGCCAGCUCGCGGCCGUCACAGGGCAGGGGCUUCCCAUGCAGGCUCGGGCGGCGCGUGAGUACGGCAGGCUCGCGCCGCGUCGACGCGGCGUCUGCCCCGGGGCGGGCCCUGGCGUUCCAGGUGAGUUGGAAUCGGCCGACGUCGGACUACCUGCGCUGUCGGAGUGCCGCGAUCGUGUCAGGUGGGCCCAUUCCGAUGGUGUCAGAAGCAACGCGCGAGUCGUCUCGACCCGAACAUGCCAGAACGGGGGUUGGCGCUAG